CUUCAAUCCAUCCUCGCACAGCAUCUUCAUAGUCCCCGCAGGACUGCCAGGGCAACCAGCACUUUGAUUUAAACUCACCCCUCAGCCCACAUCGAUCACCGGAAAGCAACCAGUAACUCUUAUGAGGAAUUCGGUGCGCUGCGGUCGAGGCAACCUGUUACUCAACGAAUAGGAGACGGCCGGCGACUGCAAAGAGGGCGUCUAAACUAACAAAAGAAGGAGCGUCUUGUUGGAUUAAAAUCUACCAAGGUAGCUACGUUAAACGUGUGAAGCGACCUGACAGAAAGUCAGGAAACAUGACAGCACUUGCAGGAGGUUUACCGAGGAUGAUGAGACCGACUCCCCAUCAGAACUACCCGCGAGGAGGAUACUCUCUAGAAGUCUCGACUCCGUUAGGACAGGGUCGGGUCAACCAGCUCGGUGGUGUCUUCAUAAACGGCAGACCUCUUCCCAACCACAUUCGACAUAAAAUAGUGGAGAUGGCCCAUCACGGUAUCCGGCCCUGCGUCAUCUCCCGUCAGCUGCGGGUGUCCCACGGCUGCGUCUCCAAAAUUCUCUGCCGGUACCAGGAGACGGGUUCUAUCAGGCCGGGGGCCAUCGGAGGCAGCAAGCCGAAGCAAACCGCUUCUCCAGAGGUUGACAAGAAAAUCGAAGAGUAUAAGAGAGAAAACCCGGGAAUGUUCAGCUGGGAAAUUAGGGACAAACUACUGAAAGAUGGAAUCUGCGACAGAAACAACGUCCCCUCAGUGAGCGCCAUCAGCCGCGUCAUGCGCUCCAAAUUCGGUGGAGCUGGUGAGGAUGAGGAGGAGGAUGAAGAAGUCGUGAAGAGGGCGAUGGAGGAAAACGAGCCACGGACGAAACACAGCAUCGAUGGCAUUCUGGGAGACCGAUCCAGUCACUCAGACGAGGGCUCCGAUGUGGACUCCGAGCCGGGUCUGCCUUUGAAGAGGAAGCAGCGUCGGAGUCGGACUACCUUCACGGCAGAACAGCUGGAGGAGCUGGAGAGGGCUUUCGAACGCACGCACUACCCUGACAUCUAUACGCGAGAGGAGCUGGCUCAGCGGGCCAAACUCACCGAGGCUCGAGUUCAGGUGUGGUUCAGUAACCGAAGAGCCCGGUGGAGGAAGCAAGCAGGGGCUAAUCAACUGAUGGCGUUUAACCACCUCAUCCCUGGUGGUUUCCCCCCAUCAGCUAUGCCAGGUUUGCAACCCUAUCAACUGUCAGACAGCCCCUACCCUCAGACGUCUAUAGCUCAAGCAGCUUCUGAGCAGCCCAGCACAGUCCACCGACCGCAGCCUCUACCACCCACCUCUGUGCACCAGAGUGGGCUCAGCUCCUCAGCCAGUUCCCAGGAUGGGAGCUCUGCGUACUGCCUGUCUUCUGGUCGACACGGCUUCUCAGGAUAUUCAGAAAACUUUGUGGCCCCAGCAGGACACACCAACGCCGUCAACCCGACCAUCAGCAACAGCCUCUCACCGCAGGUGAUGGGCCUAUUGAAUCCAGGUGGAGUACCACAUCAGUCCCAGAGUGACUUUGCCCUUUCCCCAUUGACUGGGAGCCUGGAGCCCAAUGGUGGUAUGGCUGCUAGCUGUCAUGGUUCCCAGCGCCUGGAGGCUCUACCAGGCCUGACCAGCAUGCCCGCCCUGCCUAGCACUCAGUCUUACUGCCCGCCCUCCUACUCCUCCUCAGCCUAUGUGGACCACCACCCUUCCUACCAGUAUGGACAGUACAGUCAGAGCAAGGUGCCUUUUAUUAUUUGAAGCUCCCAAGGUGGCGUGAAGAAGAGGUUUGCCAGGCCUCGCUGACAUUUGUCCCUGAAAACACCACCAGCCGCUGCCUCUGACAACUUCCCCAGGACAGCAAGACAUAGUGUGGGGGCUAAAGCGAUUCAGACAUUCUCCUUUGGCAAGAAGUGAACGUUCUGAGAUGAAGGUGAAGUGACGCAGAUGAAGGUAGUUGUCUGGAAUAAUCAGAACUAAAGGUGCGGUCGCUCUUGUUACCCGACACUUGCUUUGCUUGUGUGUCAUGUCAUGCUCCAAGAACCAAGCGCUGAUCAUUCACCAUGCUUCAAGAGGAAAAGUAGGAGGGCGGGGAUAUGGGAAGUAAUUCCACUCAAGACCUUUUAGUAUUUUUAUUUUUUAAACAUGUAGCAGAGAUGCAAGCUAAGGUAGACUUCAUAAGAACUUCUGCUCUUCUAAGAAUGUCUUCAUCAAAACCGUGUUAUGGAAAAUGAUAUUAACUGUAAAUUAAGUAACUCUUUGGCGAUCAACGUGUGACUACACCGGGAAAACCAGCAAGAACACAUGAACUGAAGCCACGUGGAGUCAUUGUGAAUCCGCUGCAACCCAAAGAAAGUGCAAUACAGUCAUACCUCAUGUAAUGUAAAUGAACGUGCAUCAAAUGUUCCCCAGUUAUAACCUCAAAAACACACUCUGUCUUUGUAAUGUCAUUCAUUUUGGGUUGUAUGCACUGAGCAAUCAGGGGAAGUCAUCAAGCGAUGAAUGAUAGAAAAUAUAGUUGUGAUGUCAUUAAGCCAAAAAAAAAGAAAAAAAAAUUCUCUGCCAGUGAAUACAUUAUUCAGUUUGACAGUUAAUUUUUGCUUUUGCAUGUGUUUAAUUAGUUUUUCUUUUUAUAAGGAACUUGCAAAUAUUACUUCCAUUUCCUAUUUAUUUAGUCUUCAUGUGUCUUUUCUGUACGUCCGCCUGUACAAGCACAUGUAAGUGCUUCAGUAAGUCUUACAUAAUGCUCAUUUGUUAUGUUUUUUUCUCUUUUUACACUCUUCAUUUACAAUGGCGUAAAACUGUUUUGUUGGUAAAAACAUUUUGUGUAAAAUAUAGCACUAUUUACUAUUUAUA